AGAGCAACGAAAGCCGCAAGCCACGCGAGCCUCGAUCCGCGGAUACCGCGGGAAGCGGAGCCGCGGAGAGCGUGGGAUGCGGAUCCGAGCGCCAUGGGAUCGCGAUCCAUCAGCUUCCCCGGAGGCCUGGAUCUGGUGGCCCAGCUGAACCUCACCGGGCCCCGGGACUUCUUGCUGCAGCUGGAGGAGGAGCUUGAGCUCUUCGUGCGCUCAGAGAGGCCAGAGCUGGUUCUGCCGCCGCUGUCACGGCGCUAUGAGGAGUUGCUGAUCGCGUCAGCGCGGCGCUUUCGGCUGGCAGCCGCAAAAGGUGAAGGCGGAGGCUGGCGGCAGCCUUGCUGUGUGGUGAGGCGUGGCGAGGAGCCGCCGGUUCUGCCAAAGCUGCCGCUGGCCGAGUUCCUCCGACUGCAACGGCUCGGCUCGGCGCCAGGCGCCGUCAAUGCCCAGGCUUCCGAGGAGGAGCAAAUGCUGCAGAGGCUUCGUCUGCGGCUUUGGGCGGCUGAGCUCUGCUGCUCCGCUGCCGAGCGGGCGGUGGAGGCGGCCGCCGCGCACGCGGUGGAUCAAGACGAGCGCAGUCUGGUGAAGGCAGAGCCAACGGAGGAUGGCAUUCCUGUGAAGGUGGAGGCCGUGGAUUCAGUGGACGGCGGUGUCCCUGUGAAGGUCCAGGAAAUGGGCUGGCGAACGGAGCCUCUCUCCGCGCCGUCUGCUACGCUUCGCGAGGUUAAGGCAGAGAUGAAGUCAGAGCAUUUGGAGGACAAUGCGCUGGGGCUCAAGGAGCUGGCGCCAGAGGCUGUUGCCAAGAAGGAGGAGGAGCUUGAGCCUCCCUACGAGGAUCCGGCUGAGUCGAAGCCGCAGCCCGCGACGCAGAAGGAGGCCAAGACGGAGCAAAAAGCGAAGACGGAAGAGUUGGAGGUCGCAAGUGGAAAGCAGAGAGGCGUCAAAGUACGCCAGGAGGAGGAGGAAGACGACCACCAGGAGACGCCCGGCGUGGCACGCGUCG